GUCGCGUCGUGCCACGUGAUCAUUUCAAUUCUCUAUCGCCGCCAUCAUGAUACCGACGCCAGAUCUUUCUCAUUUAACUAGGCAUGAUCUUGAACAAGUUUACGACCCAGCAGAGGACACGUUCUUGUUACUGGAUGCCCUCGAACAGGAGGCGGAAGCGCUCCGAAAGGAACGUCCUCUGAUUUGUCUCGAGGUCGGGUCUGGAUCAGGAUGUGUGUCAGCAUUUCUCGGGAAAGUGUUAGGACAAUCAUCUUCUCUUUACCUCUGCACUGACAUAAACAAACACGCCACCCAUUGUACGCUCGCAACGGGGAAACAGAAUAAGAUACCUCUAGAUCCAGUGACAUGCUCGCUGGCGCGACCUCUCUUAUCGCGAUUGCGUCACGCAGUUGAUGUACUCUUAUUUAACCCCCCUUAUGUGCCAACAGAUACAGAUGAAGCUUCCAGUGCUCAGGGUAGUGCUGAUAUUGCGGGGUCCUGGGCAGGGGGGGCUGAUGGAAUGGAAAUUACCAAUCGUUUGUUACAGGAUGUUGAGUGUCUGUUAUCACCGCGGGGUAGAUUUUAUUUGGUUGCCUUGAGACAAAACAAUGUCCCAAGCAUCCGGUCCAGGAUGUUGGAGGACUUUGGUUUAACCAGCCAGGUUGUCAUCGAACGACGGGCGGGAAGAGAAUACUUGAUAAUCAUUCGCUUCGCACGGACCACCCCUAGCUAA